CCAGGCCCGGGGAGGGGGCGCGGAGAGGUGCUGCCGGGUGGCGGCGCGGGAUAUUGUUCCACCACCCCCGACACCCCGGGAGACUCCAGCCCCCUCCACCCCGGUUUGGGGGGGUGCAGAAGGGCCUGCCCUAGGCCCAGUCGGCUCUGCUGGGGGGGGGGGGCAGGCGGUCGCUAGGGGCCCCCUGUGCGCGCUUUGGCGCCGUCGCCUCGCCUCCUGCUGCGGGGUGCCCACUCUCCUGCCCUCCCGCGCUACCCACCGUCUGCACGGCGACGCCGGGCUUUGCCAUCCUCUCCAUCUUCGCCGCCGACCGGCUGCCAGCGGACUUGCAGGGCACCGCGGCGGCGGCGGCGGAGGCAGCGGUGGGAGUCUCCGCGGCGUCUCCCGCCUGCCCCCCGCGCGCCCUGCGCCCCAGUCUCCCCACCAUGUCCUAGAAAAGCGAUGGAAACCAAAGGCUACCACAGUCUCCCCGACGGCCUAGACAUGGAGAGACGGUGGGGCCCAGUUUCCCAGGGUGUGGACCGCACCACUCUGGGUCUGAACGAGAGGACCGAGGAAACUAGCUGCAUGGAAGUCGUCAACGUCAGCUGUGUUUCCGGUGCUAUUCCCAACCACAGUGCUCAAGGAAGCAGCAAAGAGAAACUCCAACUACUCCCAUGCAUCCAGCCCGAUGCCCACCGGCCUGGGGUGUUAACCUCGGAAAUUAAAACCGAGCUGGAGUCCAAGGAACUGUCAGCCACAGUGGCCGAGUCCAUGGGCCUGUACAUGGACUCCGUGCGUGAGGCCGACUACGCCGCUGCCGCCUACGACCCGCUGCACCCCCAGGACUGUGUGAGCCCCGCCAAGCUCUACCAGAACGUGGAGCAGCUUAUGAAGUUCUACAAAGAGAAUGGCCACCGGCCUCCGGCCCUGGGGGGCGUCAGUCGGCCCUUGCGGUCCUUUCUGAUCGACUCUGGGGGUGCGGUUAAUGGGGGCGCCCUACGCCCCGCGGUGAGGAGCCCUAUCUUGUGCCACGAGAAGAGUCCUUCAGGGUGCAGCCCCCUUAACCUGACUUCGUCAGGGUCCAGCCCUGCGGGGAUCAACUCCGUGUCCUCCACCUCUGCCAGCUUUGGCAGCUUCCCCGUGCACAGCCCCCUGACACAGGGGACGCCACUGACCUGUUCCCCAAAUGUGGAGAGCCGGGGCUCUCGGUCACACAGCCCAGCGCACGCCAGCAACGUGGGCUCACCCCUCUCCAGCCCGUUAAGUAGCAUGAAGUCCCCCAUCUCCAGCCCCCCGAGCCACUGCAGCGCCAAGUCACCGGUGUCCAGCCCCAAUCACAUCUCUCUGCGCUCCGCCAUGUCCAGCCCGGCCACGCUCAAUAACUCGAGGUGCUCCGUUUCUAGCCCUAACAAUGCCAACAACCGAUCCACUCUGUCCAGCCCGGCGGCCAGUACCGUGGGGUCCAUCUGCAGCCCCCUCAAUGCCUUCAGCUACACGGCCUCGGGCACCCCUUCUGGGCCUGGUGCAGCCCGGGAUGUAGUGGUGCCCAGCCCGGAUACACACGAGAAAGGUGCUCACGAAGUCCCUUUCCCAAAGACUGAGGACGUGGAGAACCCCAUCUCCAACGGGGCCACGGGCCAGCUGAACAUUGUCCAGUACAUUAAAACCGAGCCCGAGGGAGCCUUUGGCAGCUCCUGCCUCGGAGCAGCCAAUAGCAAUAGCAAAGUGGCCCCCGAUUCUCCCUUCUCAGUCCCCAUCAAGCAAGAAGCCACCAAGCAUUCGUGCUCCGGCACCUCUUUCAAAGGGAACCCUCCGGUCAACCCGUUUCCCUUCAUGGAUGGCUCGUAUUUCUCCUUUAUGGAUGAUAAAGACUAUUACUCGCUAUCAGGAAUCUUAGGACCACCGGUGCCAGGCUUCGACGGGAGCUGCGAGGGCAGCGGGUUCCCCAUGGGGAUUAAGCAAGAGCCGGACGAUGGGAGCUACUACCCCGAGGCCAGCAUCCCGUCCUCGGCCAUCGUGGGUGUGAAUUCCGGCGGACAGUCCUUCCACUACCGGAUUGGUGCUCAAGGUACAAUCUCGCUCUCCCGGGCCACCAGAGACCAGUCUUUCCAGCACCUGAGCUCCUUCCCGCCCGUGAAUACUCUUGUGGAGCCAUGGAAACCCCACGGGGACCUGUCCUCCAGGAGAGGGGAUGGUUACCCUGUUCUAGAAUACAUUCCAGAAAAUGUGUCAAGCUCUACUUUACGAAGUGUUUCUACUGGAUCCUCAAGACCUUCCAAAAUAUGUUUGGUGUGUGGGGAUGAGGCUUCAGGAUGUCAUUAUGGGGUGGUAACCUGUGGCAGCUGCAAAGUAUUCUUCAAAAGAGCAGUGGAAGGGCAACACAAUUAUUUAUGUGCUGGCAGAAAUGACUGCAUCAUUGAUAAAAUCCGACGGAAGAAUUGUCCUGCCUGCAGACUUCAGAAAUGCCUUCAAGCUGGAAUGAAUUUAGGAGCUCGAAAGUCGAAGAAGCUGGGCAAGUUAAAAGGGAUCCACGAGAGUCAGUCUCAGGAGCCCCCACCUCCGCCCCCCCAAAGCCCCGAGGAAGGGACCACCUACAUCGCCCCCGCCAAGGAGCCAUCGGUCAACAGUGCGCUGGUGCCUCAGCUGUCCACCCUGUCUCGUGCCCUCACGCCAUCCCCGGCCAUGAUCCUGGAGACCAUCGAGCCCGAGGUGGUGUAUGCGGGCUACGACAACUCCAAACCAGACACCCCUGAAAGUCUGCUCUCCACCCUCAACCGCCUGGCCGGCAAACAGAUGAUCCAGGUGGUGAAGUGGGCAAAGGUACUUCCAGGAUUUAAAAACUUGCCUCUUGAGGACCAAAUUACCCUAAUCCAGUAUUCUUGGAUGUGUCUGUCAUCAUUUGCCUUGAGCUGGAGAUCGUACAAACAUACGAACAGCCAGUUUCUCUAUUUUGCACCAGACCUAGUCUUUAAUGAAGAGAAGAUGCAUCAGUCGGCCAUGUAUGAACUCUGCCAGGGGAUGCACCAAAUUAGCCUUCAGUUUGUCCGCCUGCAGCUCACGUUUGAAGAAUACACAGUUAUGAAAGUCUUGCUGCUGCUAAGCACAAUUCCAAAGGAUGGCCUCAAAUGCCAGAGUGCGUUUGAAGAAAUGAGGACAAAUUACAUCAAAGAACUGAGGAAGGUGGUGACGAAAUGCCCCAGCAAUUCUGGGCAGAGCUGGCAGCGGUUCUACCAACUGACCAAACUUCUGGACUCCAUGCAUGAUCUGGUGAGUGACCUGCUGGAAUUCUGCUUCUACACCUUCCGUGAGUCCCAGGCCCUGAAGGUGGAGUUCCCUGCCAUGCUGGUGGAGAUCAUCAGCGACCAGCUGCCCAAGGUGGAGUCGGGGAAUGCCAAGCCCCUCUACUUCCACCGGAAGUGACCGGGUGGGCCAGCCAACCUCGAAGAACUUUGCCUUAAACGUUUCCCCCAUAUCAUUCAUUCUGCACCCAUGAAGGACCCAAGCGAUCCUAUUUUUAAACACACAAUGAAGGAUCACACUUGUCCAGCAGUUUCUCAAGAUUCGAAAAACAAAACAAAAAGAAUCCUGUCUCCAGGGAUUGGGAAGCCCGGGAAGGCAGUGUGGACCCAGAGGGGCUGACCGAUCUCGGGUCAGAAAAGGCUCCUUCCCUUCCCAUCCCAGCCGCUUAAGACACUCAGUUCCUGUUUCUCUGGAUGAAAAGCCAUAUCUAGUCAAUAACUCUGAUUCUGAUAUUUUAACAGAUGGAAGUUUUAACUCUGCCAUGUAGAUUCUGGGAUCACUGGCUUGUUUUCGAAGGGUUCAAGGACUAAAGAACUUUGUAAGCUUUUACCCUUGGUUUGCACAUAAAACAACAACAACAACAAAGUAUAGUCAAUAUGGGGCAUUAAUAUUCUUUUGUUAUUUAAAAGACACACAGAGGGAAAAAUAGAUUCCUGUUGUGUAAUAACGAAGCACGAGGCUGCAGGCGGGGCCCCUCGGUGGCUCCUGCGAGGCCCGUUUUUCUGCAUCACUGGUGAACACAUACCCUUUAGCGUCCAUUUAUUAUUUAAUUAGAACAGAUAAGAUGUUAAAACAAAUGCCUUGGUUUCGAUUUCUAGUAUCUAUUGUGUUGGCUUUACAGAUAAUUUUUGCAGUCUUUUGCUGUGGUGUACAUUACUGUAUGUAUAAAUUGUGAAGGACCUGAAAUAAGGUAUAAGGAACUUUUGUAAAUGACAUAAAAAAAAAACUUUAAUGGUUAAAAGGAUGAAUGGGAAAGUAUUUUUGAAAGAAUUCUAUUUUGCUGGAGACUAUUUAAGUACUAUCUUUGUCUAAACAAAGUAAAAAAAAAUCCUUUUUCUUUAUCUUUUUUUUUUUUUUUUUUGGUAACGUGAGCUGUUCUGCAUGCUUCCUGAACCGUUUACAGUGUAUUUAAGAAAGGGAAAGUUGUGCCUUUUUUAGCUUCAUAUCUAAUUUACCACUUUCCAGUCUCUGUUGUAAAUAACUACACUUUGACCUCUUGGGUUAUUGACGCCUUUCUAUUCUUCCCGUGCUUUGGUUUGGUCCUGGGGCUUUCACCGGGGGUGCUGGUGAACCCUCUACCCUCACCCUCAUUUCCAGGCUUUUCUCCCCAUGUGGGGAAAGAAAGCUGCCACUUGGCAAAUUAUGCCCAUGAGAUGGUUCUGGAGCAGCGUGGGGGCUCCAGAAAGAGCCAGAUGCAGAGCCCAGCCCAGGGUUAGCAGUGGGGUCUCUGCUUCUUCUGGUCUCGGUUCUGGGAACACGGACACGUAGGUCAUGGCUUAAGAGCCUGGCUAGGUCCCAACCACGUGGAGACCAAGCCAGGAUGAGAGAGGGUUUUUAGAUUUUUAAAAGGUAGGUUUUCGAAAUAAAUUUUAUACAGAAAACAAUUUUGGAAGGAAAACAAAACCAACAAAAAAAAUUUCCUGAAGCUCAUAGAUGCAAGACAGUGUACACACAAAAAAAAUUUUAAUUCAUGAAUCUGUUUGGCAGUUGAUGACUUUUGCAGUUGACCGAUGCAACUGAUGACUUUUCUCAUGCCCAACACCCCUUACCUCCACCCCCAUCCCAAAACACAACUAUCUAGAGCUAGCUUAGCUGUAGAUCUUUGGGAAGACUUUAAUAAUAUGCUUGCACUAAACUACUUUGAAUAGAGGCCAAAUUAAUCUUUCGAACGUGAUGAUAAUCAUCAGGUACUCGGUGAAAUCACUACUUUCCAAAACCUGAAAGCUGGAGAUGCUCCAGGCCUGGAGAAGGCAGAGCCAUGCCCCCCCCCCCCCCAAGAAAUCCCCGGCGGUCACCACGCAGGCACCAUCACCUUGUCUUUCCGAAGACACCGGCCUUAUGCUCGGGAGACCUGUGGGCGCCAUGCUGGAGGGAGGAGGCUUAUCUGACAUCAUUUGCAAUUUCAGGAAUAUUUCAUUUCUAGGCAUAUCUUUCAAUACAGCCAACUUAACCUGCAACAGCGGAAUGAAAGCCACACCUGGAAGGCAUCAAGAAACACAGCAGCAUGCGGACUAGGCUAGUUCCAGAUGAAAGGCAGCUCGGGAAAAGAGCAGCUAGGUUGUGCCAUGUGCAAAGGGAGGAUUUCCACGCUCACCGGAUGUGGGGAGAUGGUCUGCAGCAGCUUUUCUGUAUUAACAAAGUUACUGGCUCGUCACGCGUCUCCGGGUAACUUUGCUUGAUUAAACAGCAAAGCCAUAUUCUAAAUUCACUGUUGAAUGCCUGUCCCAGUCCAAAUUGUCUGUCUGCUCUUAUUUUUGUACCAUAUUGCUCUUUAAAAAAAAAUCUUGAUUUGGUACAAUUCAUAAUUCACCAAAACUUCUUCAUAUAAUUAAAAACACUAAAUUAGUUUAAAAUGAAGCAAUUUAUAUCUUUAUGCAAAAACAUACGUCUGUCUUUGCAAAGGACUGUAAGCAGAUUACAAUAAAUCCUUUCCUUUAAUCA